AUAAAUUCUCUUUCACUCCUACAACCCGCAGCUUCGAAGCUCUCGCAAGCUUUUAAAGGAAAUCACAAAGGGCGCGAAAGCACAAACGUCCUAUGCUUUGAUCUCCAUUUCAAUCUUCUCCAUGCCCGGGGGAAGGAAACCCUAAAAGCUUGUACCUAUUUGUGUUCCAUUUCAGUCAUGUUCUCUCCUGCAACGAAGAAAUCCUCUUUCAACUCUCAGAAAGAUCGAAAUCCAGUUCGUGCAGCGCCAGAUUCUCCUUUAACGCCACUUUCCGACAACCGGCAGAGCACUUCGGCCGCAAACCGACCGAGCACCGGAACACCCGCGCCAUGGGCUUCUCGAUUAUCAGUUCUUGCUAGAAUUCCACCAGCGAAGAAGGCUGAGAAGGGGCCUGAUGCGGAUCCAAUUGAGCCUGUAUAUGUUGGGGAGUUCCCCCAAAUAGUUCGUGCUGCACAAGCCAGUUACCUGCAUAAGACUGUUCCUGGUCAUGCAUGGAUUUCUGGAGGAAUGGAUAAGGGAACCUCCCUGGCUUGGAUAAUCUGUGUAAACCAGCUUUUUAUCUGGAGUUACUUAUCACCAACAGCUUCAAGAAAAUGUGUUGUUCUCGAGCUUCCUUCAUCUGUUCUGGAAAGUGGGGGUAUUACUACAAAGUCCAGUCACUGUAAUAGAUGGAUGCUCUGUACUGUCAAUUGGGAUGGUACAUGUGAGAGCAAAAGCAAAAUGGUAGAACAGUGCAACUCUGUAGGUAUAGUUAUGUGUAACCAGAAGACUCAUGCUGUUUUAUUUUGGCCUGACAUUUACUCUGAAGGGGAGGCUGCUCCUGUCAUUAGUGUUGCAUCUUUUGAUGAAACUCUGUUUCAUUCUUCACAUGCUGAUGGGAAAACCACACUGAACUGGCCACGGGAGCAUGGUAGGAUGGGAAAUAGUAACAUGGAAGAAAGAAGUUCUUUCAACUCAUUGAUUGCUUCUCCUUUUCCUGGUACGCGUGCUUGUAUUGCACUAGCAUGUGGUUCUGAUGGUCAGCUAUGGAAAUUUCAGUGUAGUCCUUCUGGCAUUUCCCAGAAAAAUAUUUCUCAAUCUUUGUAUUCUUUAUCCAGUCAAGCUAGUGAUCAACCUGUUGUGACUGGGUAUCCAAGGUCUCUUGCAUGGCGUUAUCCACUCCAUUCAUCAGAGGAAUCCAAUCGGCAAUUCUUUUUGUUGACAGACCAUGAGAUACAGUGUUUCAAUAUUAAACUUACUUCUGACUCAACUAUUUCAAAACUGUGGUCCCAUGAAAUUAUUGGUACUGAUGGUGAUUUGGGCAUUAAGAAGGACCUAGCAGGCCAGAAGCGCAUUUGGCCUCUAGAUAUGCAGGUAGAUGAUUGGGGGAAAGAAUUAACCAUUCUUGUUGCUAUAUUUUGUAAGGAUCGGGUGUGCAGUUCAAGCUACACACAGUACUCACUUCUGACAAUGAGGUAUAAACCUGGGAUAAAUAUUUCUUCAGAAAAUGUUGAACCAAUACAUGAGAGGAUAUUGGAGAAAAAAGCUCCCCCUCAAGAGAUAAUCCCAAAGGCAAGAGUAGAAGAUGAGGGCUUUUUGUUUUCCAUGAGACUCCGUGUUGGAGGCAAGCCUUCUGGAUCAGCAAUCAUACUUUCUGGGGAUGGAACAGCUACAGUGUCCACAUAUUGGAGAAGUUCAACUCGGCUUUAUCAGUUUGACUUGCCUUACGAUGCAGGAAAAGUUCUGGAUGCUUCAGUCUUCCCUUCUACGGAGGCUAAUGAAGAGGGUGCAUGGGUUGUACUAACUGAGAAAGCAGGAGUGUGGGCAAUACCCGAGAAGGCUGUUCUACUUGGUGGGGUUGAACCACCUGAGCGAAGCUUGUCACGUAAAGGAAGCUCAAAGGGAGCUAUGGAAGAAGAGAGAAGGAACCUGUCAUUGGUAGGCAACAUUGCUCCUAGAAGGGCUAGUUCUGAAGCACGGGAUACUGGAGAUAAACAAAGUGCACUGAUGUCUGGGAUCACACGCCGAGUUGCUCAAGAUGAAGAGUCUGAAACUUUACUAGGUCAUCUCUUCCAUGAAUUUCUUUUGUCUGGCAGGGUGGAUGGCUCACUUGAAAAGCUUAAAAACUUUGGAGCAUUUGAAAAGGAUGGAGAAGCAAAUGUUUUUGCUCGCACAAGCAGAUCAAUUGUUGACACCCUUGCUAAACAUUGGACUACAACCAGAGGAGCUGAAAUUGUGGCUAUGUCUGUUGUGUCCUCCCAGCUUUUGGAUAAGCAGCAGAAACAUCAAAGGUUUCUCCAGUUUCUUGCAUUAUCUAAGUGCCAUGAGGAGCUUUUUUCCAGGCAGAGGUAUUCAUUGCAACUUAUCAUGGAGCAUGGUGAAAAGCUUGCUGGUAUGAUCCAGCUGAGGGAGUUGCAAAAUACAAUAAACCAGAACCGUUCAAAUGAGAUCAGCUCUCCAUCUUUUAGUUCACCAAAUGCAAUGGCUGGCUCUCUUUGGGAUCUGAUUCAAUUAGUUGGUGAGAAAGCCCGGCGAAAUACAGUUCUUCUUAUGGAUAGGGACAAUGCUGAAGUAUUUUACAGUAAAGUUUCUGAUCUACAAGAAGUAUUUUAUUGCUUAAGUCAUCAGCUACAGUAUAUAAUUGGUGGGGAACAGCCACGGAUUAUACAUAUUCAGCGAGCUUGUGAACUCUCAAAUGCAUGCACAACUCUAAUCAGGACUGCAAUGCAAUACAAAAAUGAAUAUCAUACUUGGUAUCCUUUGCCUUCAGAUAUUGCGCCUUGGUAUUGUCAAGCUGUGGUCCGUGAUGGGCUAUGGAGUUUAGCUUGUUACAUGUGUCAUCUUUUAAGUGAAUCAACUGGGCUUGAUUCAGCAGCAAAACCAGAUUUACAUUCUUGCUUAGAAGGGCUAACUGAUGAUCUGCUAGAGGCAUAUACUGGUGCCAUAGCAGCAAAAGUUGAACAUGGAAAAGAGCAUAAAGGUCUGUUACACGAGUAUUGGACAAGGAGGGAUAAGCUGCUUGGUUCCCUUUAUCUACAUGUCAAGGGUUUUGUGGAAGCCAGGUGUAAGGAUUCAAAUGAAGGGACAGUUGAAAAAAAGGAACCAAUGUUUAGAGAGCUUCUUUCACCGUUAUUAUCCAUUGCUAGACGGCAUGAGGGCUACCAAACUUUGUGGAACAUAUGCUGUGAUCUCAAUGAUACAGUACUUCAGAGAAGUCUUAUGCAUGAGAGCAUGGGGCCUCGAGGAGGGUUUAGUUACUUUGUGUUUGAAAGAUUGUAUGAAGAACAGAAGUUUGCAAAGCUUCUAAGGCUUGGGGAAGAAUUCCAGGAGGAGCUAGUUGCCUUUCUAAAACAACACAAGAAUCUGUUGUGGCUUCAUCAAAUAUUCCUAAAUCAUUUCUCCUCAGCUUCAGAAACUCUGCAUAAAUUGGCUCUUUCUGAAGAUGAUGCCCCUAUUUCGUCAGCUGAAGAAGAGCUGGAUGCUGACUGUGCAAGAGUGAAACCAACUUUGGCAGAAAGAAGACGUCUACUUAACCUCUCCAAGAUAGCUGUAAUGGCAGGAAGGGAUGCUGAGCUCGAAACAAAUAAAAAGCGUAUAGAGGCUGAUUUAAAGAUCUUGAAAUUGCAGGAGGACAUUAUCAGGCUUCUUCCUGGUAAUAAAGAGAAGGAAGACAUUGGGAAACAGCUUCUUCCUCCUGGGGAGCUGAUUGAACUGUGCCUGAAGGGCCAAACACCAGAGCUUGCCUUACUGGCUUUUGAUGUCUUCGCUUGGACCAGCUCCUCUUACCGAAAGUUCAACAGAAGUCUUCUUGAGGAAUGCUGGAAGAAUGCUGCUGAUCAGCAUGAUUGGGGAAAUCUCUACCAAGAAUCUCUAGCUGAAGGUUGGAGUGAUGAAGUGACCCUACAGUUUCUGCAAGAGACUGUGCUCUUUCAGGCUUCAUACAGGUGUUAUGGACCCAAAGCAGAGACAUAUGAAGGAGGGUUUGAUGAGGUGCUGCAACUAAGGCAAAAUGACUUUGAGGUUCCUUUGUUGAAGGAUCCUGUUCCUUCUGUUGAAGAGAUCUUGAUGCAGCACAAGGAUUUUCCCGACGCAGGUAAGCUAAUGUUGACUGCGAUCAUGUUGGGUAAGUUGGGAGCUGAUAUCAGGGCCGAGGAGGAUUCUUCUAUGGAGCGGUGAUGAUACGUCAUUCCUUUAAAUUUCAGUUGUCAAAUUUUGUACUAUUAGUAGGCAUUUUUUCUCUUGUUAAUUAGCAGAAAAGUUAUUAUCAUCUCGUUUUCACUACAUUUCCGGGAAAUGGAAUAUUGAUCUAGGAGAAAAGACUCACAAGUCAUCUUGAUCCUCAA